GGCACAGAGCUUUCCAUUGCAACCGUCUAUGUACGGUAAGUCGCGACACACGCGCCGCCGCUAAUUAUGGAGCUUCCCCCCAAGGUUCAUGGAUAUGGAUAUGACGACGCGGGUGUAGCCGCGCCUACCUUACCCCUCCCUAAUAAGCUCUCCCAGAACGGCAACGUCCAGGGCACUUAGUCAGGUCGUUAUAUAUUACCCUUCCCUGUGUCUUCAAUGAAAUGGACUAUUGUCUGCCCGGCUUUCGGCAGCUAUCGCGUAGCAUUUAUUAGUUAACCAUGGUAUGACAAAUGCACAAAGAUGGAGCUAUCGUACCGUGUUAGCCGGCAAUGGUGGGCAGCAAGAUGCCGAAUCCGAUAACGCCCAGCUCGAGCAUAUAUACUACUCUAUCACAAUUGGUGUUGAAUAUUGGCCGAGUAAUAUCACAGAUGACCACCGGAGUGACAAGCUUGCGUGCCGUUCGACGAGCCAUGGCAGCCUCAUUUUUGUUAAAAUAUUCGAAUUGUAUCAUGCUCACCGUCUCGAUUCACCCGGAGGCCUCCAAAGUCCUCAGCCUAUCACAGCAAUCAGGAGCGAGAACAUUGCGGAACCCCCAAAACCUACGCAGGGUGAACGCGGUCGAGACAAAAGAAACCCCAUUCGAAGCCAGCAUGACAGCCCAUACAUUGACGCCCACGAGCACUACUACCAUGUCCCGAGGCAUACAGCUUAACAACGCGCUGCUCGAACAAACUUCUUCCCACGGCACGAACCUGAUGCGGCACUCCUUGGCAUUGCUGCAACCUCGAGGUAAAAAUGUGUGUAAGGCCGCGAGCUCUAUUGGUUCCUUCCAGAGACAUAUCUCCCAACACAAUCUUCAAUUUCGGAUGUGUCACAACUUUAAGCUCCUGUGUCACCAUGACGUUAUCAUAGGCAUCAUUUUGGCUAUUACAGCAGUACUAAUCGUUUAUGGUCGUGGCUAAUCUGCUUGCUUUAUCUUGGAUGUGGGUGGCUGCAGCCUGUGCAGGUCGAACGGGCCACGGACUCUGGCGCUGACCUCUGUUUGGUCAGUAAUUCAUGUCAAACUGAAAGGCUGUGAUAAAUAACCAGUACAGCAAUAUAUGUUGUAUUUUUUUGUUUUUGUUUUAUUCUUUCUAA